GCAUCGGUCAACCGAGUCCACAAUCGCCAUGCUAAAGGAGUGUAAGAUCGGCUGCAAGCACUCUGUACUGCACCCUGGACGGCUGCACAGGAUGGAUCCCUGCUUGAACCCGCCACAGCCCCUCCGACCCCUCGAUCGGGGGGACCUUAUCAGCGCGUGAGAUGGACCCCCGCAGACGGUGCCUAACUUAGACUUAGCAGCAGAGUAUAAAUCCAUCUGCUGGCCCACCCUGGCAACAACUCCCUCCCAACCUUUUUCUGCAUCAUCUGCUGUGCCAUACAUACCAUUCCAUCCAUCCUUUUCUCUGUCUAUAUACAACCCUCUUAUAAAUACUAAAACAACAUGCCUCGCUACACGAUCACCGCCCGGGAUAACACCCCCGCUAGUGAAUUAGAGACGGCCAAGCAGCACGCCAUUGACAAAGGGAAGCUUGUUGCAGAGCUCUUUACUCUCAAGGGCGGCUUCAUUGUCGAUUACCCUGACCAGAUUAAAGCCGCUGAGGUCCACAGCAAUCUCCAUGUCGAGCAAGACCACACAUUCAAGACCCAGUAAAUCGUCGACGGCUCUCGAAUUGCUCCAAGGAGGUUCAUUAUAUAAUCUCUAAGAUAUACUGUCAUGGUGGAUGUACGAGUUAUACGAUAUAUAUCUAUCUGCAUAUAACAUCUUCGAACUUGUCUAUGUGUAGCAACUAUGAUGUUAGUUCCAAGUACGGAUACCUGGAUUCCUAUGUUAAGAGCAUUUGAUAUCCUACGAUAAGAUCAGCC